GCGCACCAGUAAGGAUCUCUGAUUGGCCGUACGCCAAAGAGUUUACUUUUUCAGGUGGGUUGCUCUGGACAGCUGGGAUUGGCCAAUGCGGAGCGUUAAAGGGUGGAGCAUUUUGAAGUGCAGCGACCUACGUUGAAGUUUGGGGGCGGAGAAAAGAGAGCUAAACACAACGGCGAAGCGGAGAGUCAUUCAAGGGUUAUAUUCCGUCGUGGGGGGGAGUGGGGGAGGACACGCUCACUGCCAACCCGGCGACGAGGUUGGGCCUGUGGUGCUUGCAACCCCAGGAAACCAUGGAACUCGAGAAUAUCGUGGCCAACACUGUCCUCCUGAAGGCGAGGGAAGGUGGUGGGGGGAACAGAAAGGGAAAGAGCAAGAAAUGGAAACAAAUGCUGCAGUUCCCCCACAUCAGCUUGUGUGAGGAGCUUCGCCAGACUACAGAGAAAGAGUACCACAGCCUGUGCGAGAAGCAGCCCAUAGGCCGCCUGCUGUUCCGGCAGUUCUGUGAGACGAGACCUGAGCUGAGGAGAUGCAUGAAGUUCCUUGACGCUGUGACGGACUAUGAGGUGACUCCUGACGAGAAGAGGAAGGAGUGUGGACAGGAGAUCCUGGAAAAGUACCUCAACGCAACGUCUGAAGACCAUGUCCCUGAGGUGGUGGAGGAGCUGGUGCAAAAGUGUGCCGAGGGGCUGGAGCAGGGGGCCUGCAAGGAGCUCUACAAGGAGAGCACCAAACUCAUCCACGACUACCUUAGUGUGGCGCCUUUCGCAGACUACCUCGACAGCAUGUUCUUCAACCGGUUCUUACAGUGGAAAUGGUUAGAAAGACAGCCGAUCACUAAAAACACAUUCCGCCAGUACAGGGUACUAGGCAAAGGAGGAUUUGGAGAGGUGUGUGCGUGUCAGGUGCGGGCCACAGGUAAGAUGUACGCCUGUAAGAAACUGGAGAAGAAGAGGAUAAAGAAGAGGAAAGGCGAGUCCAUGGCACUCAACGAGAAGCAGAUCCUGGAGAAAGUCAACAGCAGGUUUGUGGUGAGUUUGGCGUAUGCGUACGAGACGAAGGACGCCCUGUGCCUGGUACUGACCCUGAUGAACGGCGGUGACCUCAAGUUCCACAUCUACCACAUGGGCGAGGCCGGCUUCACGGAGAACCGCGCCGUCUUCUACGCCGCCGAGCUGUGCUGUGGGCUCGAGGAUCUGCACCGCGAGAGGAUCGUCUACAGGGACUUGAAGCCUGAGAACAUUCUGUUGGAUGACCAGGGGCACAUCCGGAUAUCAGACCUGGGCCUGGCCGUCCAUAUCCCAGAGGGCCAGACCAUCAAGGGCAGAGUCGGCACAGUAGGCUACAUGGCUCCCGAGGUGGUGAAGAACGAGCGGUACACCUUCAGCCCUGACUGGUGGGCCCUGGGCUGCCUGCUGUACGAGAUGAUCGAGGGCCAGUCUCCCUUCCAGCAGCGCAAGAAGAAGAUCAAGCGCGAGGAUGUGGAGCGGCUAGUCAAGGAGGUGGAGGAGGAGUACUCCAGCAAGUUCUCGGAGGACGCCCAGUCCCUCUGCAGGAUGUUGCUUGCCAAAGACCCCAACGAGAGGCUUGGCUGUUCAGGAGGCGGACCCUCUGAGGUGAAAGGUCAUGUGAUCUUCCGCCCCAUCAACUUCAAGCGGCUGGAGGCAGGCAUGCUGGAGGCCCCGUUCAUCCCUGACCCUCAGGCCAUCUACUGUAAGGACGUGUUGGACAUUGAGCAGUUCUCCACAGUGAAGGGUGUGGAGCUGGAGGCCAAAGACGAGUCCUUCUACUGUAAAGUUUCCACUGGCUGCGUGUCCAUCCCAUGGCAGGACGAGAUGAUUGAGUCGGAGUGCUUUAAAGAGCUCAGCAUCCUCCUCCUGGACGGAAACGUCCCCCCAGACUUGGACUGGAGGGGUCAGCCCUCUCCCCCACCUAAACAGGGCCUGCUACAGAGGCUCUUUGGAAGACAGGAGUGCUGUGGGAACUGCAGCGACAGUGACGAGGAGCCCACGAGGCUGUGAGAGAUGCCCAUCUCCUGCCCCUUCUCUGCCCCCUCGCCAACCCUCCCAAAACCUGACCACCCCCCGCCCUCGCUCCCCCAAACCUGCCAACUGCCCCCGGCCCAACCACCCCGGAGUGCCCCAAACACAGAGGAUUCCAUUUGUUUACAA